AUGAGACGUGAGUCUAUCGAAAUUCCUCGAGUGGUGUGCCGAGUCGAAAGAAAAGAAAUUUAUGGUCAUAGAUGCUACGAGAUUCUUGCUAAACUGUUUGAUAUAAAGAAGGAUGAGACCAAAAAGCAUAAACAGAAAGUAGAGUUCAAAACAGACUCCAAAGCUACACAGGAGCUUAAAUUGCAUCGCACUAAAUGUACAGAAAUAAUGAAAAAUGUGCUAAUGUCGCACUUUUGCAAGGAGCUCCUAGAUGAUAUUGGAAACCAAAAGUUCAGCAUUAUAAUGGAUGAGUCCACAGACGCCAGUGUCAGUAAACACCUUGGUCUUGUAAUUAGGUAUUAUAGUGCCGCACAGGAAAGGAUAGUAAGCUCAUUCCUGGAACUAGUUUCUAUUGAGAGUGCAGAUGCUAGGGGAAUCGUUAAUGGCUUGGUGCUUGCUUAG